AUUGUAAAAGAUCCGACUCAUAUGAAUGAUUCUUUCACGAAUCUCAACGGUAACAGGAGGCAUCCGCGGCUGUGUUAGUAGAAAGGGAACAUCUUCAUCGGGGAUUUUUCUUUUUCUUUGAGGGCUCAAGAUAAAGCUAGCGACACCCUUCAAAUCAUUUAGAAGAAAGAAGCCUGAAUAAUUAGAAGCCGGAUCUAGAUCAUUAUUCAAGGACUGAUGCGGUCAUGGCAAGUCUCGGUGUCAGCUUUAUCCGAUACUCGCCGGCAACAUCUGCAGGAUAUAAAGUGAAAGAUAAACUAUAAUCGAGUAAGUUUAUCUGAUCACGGUAGAUUUAAUCUUUGCGCAUGCGAGAUAACAGUUCUGCGCUCUGGAUAUGCCGAUAUAUGAACUGAGAUAGCGAUAGGCUGAAUGUGUGUUCAAGACAAUGUGAUUUUGGCUUUCCAUAGACAUUUUCCUGUGACUUUAUCAUCGGCAACUCUAAGACGGGGACUCAUUUGUAACAUUUGUUUUGUGCAGUGUUUUAAACGGCGUAUUAAAGAACGCAUAUCUUCAUCUCUCAUCAGCUGACCACCUCUGAAUUCAUUGCAUUAGAAGAGCUACACUGGAGUUUUCCUUCAUUUGCACAAACAGAAGCUUUUGUUGGGAUCCAGACAUUUACUAGUGUGUUAAAGGAGCCUAAAAGGAUCGUGGUUAAAGAGUAACGGGAUCUUGGAGAUGUCAGGCCGGCCUAGGACCACCUCAUUUGCAGAGAGCUGCAAGCCAGUGCCGCAGCCUUCAGCCUUUGGCAACAUGAAAGUCAGCAGAGAUAAAGAUGGCAGUAAAGUCACAACGGUGGCCGCGACCCCUGGUCAGGGUCCCGACAGACCUCAGGAGGUCAGCUACACGGACACAAAGGUCAUCGGGAACGGCUCGUUUGGGGUCGUGUAUCAAGCAAAGCUUUGCGACACCAGUGAGCUGGUGGCCAUAAAGAAGGUGCUGCAGGAUAAAAGGUUUAAGAAUCGUGAGUUACAGAUCAUGAGGAAGUUGGAUCACUGUAACAUCGUACGUCUGCGGUACUUCUUCUACUCCAGCGGAGACAAAAAGGAUGAGGUGUAUCUGAAUUUGGUGAUGGACUAUGUGCCUGAAAACGUGUACCGAGUGGCCAGACACUACAGCAGAGCCAAGCAGAAUCUUCCAAUGGUCUACGUGAAGCUAUAUAUGUACCAGCUGUUCCGCAGCUUGGCGUACAUCCACUCAUAUGGGAUCUGCCAUCGAGACAUCAAGCCGCAGAACCUCCUGCUCGACCCAGAGACAGCCGUACUCAAACUCUGUGACUUCGGAAGUGCAAAGCAGCUGGUGCGUGGUGAGCCUAAUGUUUCCUACAUCUGCUCGCGGUACUACAGAGCCCCUGAGCUCAUUUUCGGAGCCACAGACUACACUUCCAGCAUAGACAUUUGGUCGGCUGGUUGCGUACUGGCCGAGCUGCUUCUUGGACAGCCGAUUUUUCCCGGUGACAGCGGUGUCGAUCAGCUCGUUGAGAUUAUCAAGGUGCUGGGAACUCCAACACGAGAGCAGAUCCGAGAGAUGAACCCAAAUUACACUGAAUUCAAGUUUCCACAGAUAAAGGCGCACCCUUGGACUAAGGUUUUCCGGCCUCGGACCCCUCCGGAGGCAAUAGCCUUGUGUUCCCGAUUGUUGGAGUACACGCCUACAGCCCGAUUCACUCCUCUUGAGGCCUGCGCUCACACUUUCUUCGACGAGCUCCGUGAGCCCAUCCUCAAGCUCCCGAAUGGACGAGAGCGACCCGUGUUGUUUAAUUUCACCACACAGGAGUUGUCCAGUAACCCCUCGCUAGCCACCGUACUCAUCCCUGCACAUGCUCAGAACCUGGUGGAUAACUCCGCCCAGUCUGCCACGGCUGCAACAGGUGCCAUCAGUGGACCGAACGCCAACGCUGCCUCUGCCGCCCCCAAUCCUACAACUUGAACCCCGUCCACCAGUCAAUGGGCCAACGCUGCUGCUUAUUAGCCACGCCCAGUCCCGGGAAUCAAGGGCGUGGCUAAAACGAAACGAAAAGCUCAUGGUAUGAUGGAUGCGCCAACCAAACCUUCCCCAGCCAUCGUCUUUAUUUUUAGUAUCAGUGUUUUAAUUUAUUCGCUCUGAAGGACAAAACGAGGGCUCAAAAACACGCCUCAGGACUGUCUGCGGUCAGGUUUGAAAAUGAUUUCUCUCUCUCUAUAUAUAGAUAUUCACACACUAUUAUAAACAGUUACACUACAAAUGUGUUUCCACAUGCCUACUUGGACUUUUUUUAAAGGGGAAUCUGUAUGCUGUAGCCACGGCUUCUUUUAUAAUCGUCAGCUCACAGGUGGUUUCUGAUUGGCCCAAUACGACCAAGCCACGGACAGAUUUCCAGGGCUUGUGUACAUUCUGUAGACUAUAUAUGCUAAUGACCUUUGCCUUUUCCCUCAGUAUUGGGCGGAUAUAUGUUGUGUGCUUACGCUGUUUGCUGCUGUGUAACUCUUUCUUUUCGACCACUUUAGAAGGAGUGACACUAUCCAUUUGUUUUCCUGCUCGUCUUCCUCCUUCCUGUUGUAUAGAGCUUUACUGAACUCUACACACACAUAAUAUCGGAUCAUUUUCUGUGAGCGAGAGUGUAUGUGAGUGCAUGUUAUGUGUCUUAUGUCUAUAAAUACUGUAUGCUCAUUCUUGAACUGUUAGUGAGCUACUGUAAAAGAAACAAGCACGAAUCUGAUAAUCAGGACCUUAACAUUGAACAUGUGAACGGGUUUCUGUCGAGAGAAAAAUGCCGUGGUUUGGCUCUCCAAAUCGUCUCUUCUGUCAGUUGUGUUAGAAUUUAGCGGGAAUGAGUGGCUGGGAACAGUAUGAAAUUUUUAACCGUCUGGACUGCUCCAUCGGGACAUCGACACUAAUGAUAAGAUCUCUACAGAACCUUUGCUUCCACUUCUUGUUGUUUUUCUUCCUCACGUCCUCUUUAGCGUCCCCUAGUGUUAGUGGAAGUGUACAACUGAGGCUGUUGUGUUUUGUUCAUCUAAAUAUAGUCACUCCAGUCUGUUUAUUUACCUCCCGAAAAAAGUGCUGUUGAAAGAAUGAAAUGAUGUUCACCCAAAUAUGAAAAUCAUCCAUCUUUUACUCGCUCUCAUAUGGAAGCCCAUUUCCGCCACAUAAGAAAAAACGCAUGCUGCAUUAUGACACAAAAAUCAAAUUUAUAAGAUUAAAAUUAAUAUACGAUAUCAAAAAGUCAAAAUUAUAAUCUAUAAAGUCAGUUUCGACUUUAUCACAAUCUUAAUUUAUGCAGUAUGUCGUAAUUUAGACUUUGACUUAAUAAAUAUGACUUGGCUUGUAAUAGCUUCGUCAUAAUUAUGAUUUACAAAAGCGGAAAUGGACUUUCAAAGUUUCAAACCUAAAUUAUAUUCUUCCUUCCAUCGACCCCUGAGGAAAUGUUACGUUCACAAUCACGCUGAUCUUUUCUAUUCAAAUGAAAUAUGAUGGUGACCAAGAGUCGUCAAGCUACAAAAUGGGUAUCAUAACAAUAAUCCAUAUGACUUCUGAAGACUUCUGAAAUCGUACAGUUGCUUUUUGAGGACAUUUUUAAGUGGUUAAUAAUUCCGUUCUGCCAUAUAUCUCAAGUAUUUUGUUCAAUCUGAAUAUGCACACAUGUGAUUUUGUAAUUUUUGAAGCUUGAAAGAUCCUGAUCUCCAUUCACUUUCAUUGUAUGGACAUGAUUCAGCUUAUCACAAAAAAAAAUUUAUGGAGGUGAGUAAAUGAUGACAUUUUAGUUUUUGGGUGAACUAUCCCUUAAACUGACUAAGUACUUCCUGUAAACUUUUGUUGUUCUUUUGAACUGGUUUUUAAUUGCCAACUAUUAGAAAAAUGUGAUAUUAUACAAGGUGCUUCAUUUACUCAUGUAUUAAAAACAAUCAUGUUUAAAUGUAUGCUUGGCAAAGGGAAAUUGAAUUGAAUUUCAUCUGCUGAGCUCUUGUUCAGGUCAGAUCUUUAUCACAGCAGGGAAAAUAGACAAUUUUCCCCUUUUUAAACUUUUAGUUCAAAGUUUCUGAAAGACUUUCUUAAUCAUGCAGGAAUUUCCUGUAUGUUCUUUUAAUUUUGAGGGAAACUUACAUGUGCAGUUUUUUUUUUUUUGUCCACACUUUUUUAUGAUUAUGAAUGAUAUUUGGGAGUAUAGUGUCAUGUGUCUAGUAUUAACUAAUGAUUUGCAAUAAUAUAUUUUUGAGUUGUGUUUGGGAUCUUGUGAGAUACUUUCAGCAGCACUUAGAGAUUGAUGUCAUGUAGCACUACGGCCUUUUUCAAACGUUCAUAAGCUUUAUUUGAAUAUGUUUUAUGUACAUCCUUGCAUAUUUAUCUAUUGCUGUUAGCAGUCACGUUGCUUCAAGGAUUUCCUCAGCAUGUAAAGAAACACCUUCCUCGGUGACUCAUACUUGAGACGAAUAUGAGAUGAAAGGGAAAAGGGAGAAAUAACAAAUGUGAACUGUUUGUAGCCAUUAGAGUCAAUCAACAGCCACCGAACACGUGAAACAGCUUUUGUUUUGGGUUUUGUUUUUGUUCUGUCUUGUUUUGUUUGGUUCUGUUUUAUUUGGGGGAGGGGUUUUGU